AACACAAUCAAUCACUUCUUCUUCAUCUUUCCUCAAAAAUAAAAACAUUUUCUCCAAUUUUUUCUUCUUUAAUAAUUUGGAGAAAAAAGUCGUAGCCAAGACUGAACAUUAUCCGGUGAAGAAUGGCGACUCCGGCAUGGAGUCAUGCCAAGGCUCAAUGGGUAGUGGCCAUGUUGGCGUUACUCGUUGGCUCGGCUAUGGCUACCGAACCUUAUUACUAUAGUUCUCCUCCACCACCGUACGAGUAUAAAUCUCCACCUCCUCCGGUUAAAUCUCCUCCACCUCCUUAUGAAUAUAAAUCACCACCACCUCCGGUUAAGUCUCCUCCACCACCGUAUUACUAUCAUUCACCGCCGCCGCCAGUGAAAUCCCCUCCCCCUCCUUAUGUUUACAGCUCUCCUCCUCCUCCGGUGAAGUCUCCUCCACCACCGUAUUACUACCAUUCUCCACCUCCUCCGGUGAAGUCUCCUCCACCACCAUAUUAUUACCACUCACCACCCCCUCCGGUGAAAUCUCCACCACCACCAUACUAUUACCACUCACCACCCCCUCCGGUGAAAUCCCCUCCACCACCAUACUACUACCACUCACCUCCCCCUCCGGUGAAGUCCCCUCCUCCCCCAUACUACUACCAUUCACCACCCCCUCCAGUCAAGUCUCCACCACCACCAUACCAUUACAGCUCACCACCACCUCCGGUGAAAUCUCCACCACCACCAUACCUUUACAGCUCACCACCACCACCGGUAAAAUCUCCUCCACCUCCCGUUUACAUCUACGCUUCUCCCCCACCUCCCACACAUUACUAGGCUCGUCAAAUUCAACAAAAUUUCCCAAUUAUUCAAGUUUUCUUUUACAUAAUGAAAUAAAGGAAGGGUCAAAGUCAAAGAGAAGAAGAAGUGAACCAAAUAAGGAUCGUGGCGUGGAAAUCAGAAACAAAACAUCUCUAACAACGAUCCACAUCGCUUCCUCUUCUUCAAUGUCGCUCAUCUUCCACUUGUGCAUCAUUAUCUUUGCGUCUUCAUCAAGUCAAAUUGUUUCCAAGACCCUUUUAGAUCGUAUCAUACUCUUCUUUGUUCCCUUUUGUUGUUAAGUGAAAAAAGGGUUUUGGUAAUUUAAUUGUUGUGCAUACAUUUUCUAUUUUGUUAUUCUUCCGUUAAUGUAAUGAAAGAGUUGUUAGCAUAUAAAACAAAGUUCCAGUUUCUUCUUUCUAUCGAUUAUUGGAUGUACA